AGCGUACAGACCGACGACACUUCCUCCCCUUCAUACCACCACCGAAGUGAGACGGACACCAUGUCCACCGCUCGCAUGCUGCCCCGCGCAGCCACUUCCGCCCGCGCCUUCUCCACUACCACCGCACGUCCGCUUGCAAAGAUGCAGCUCAUCGGCCGUCUCGCAAACACACCCGAAGUCACACCCACAUCAACCGGACGAGACGUAAUCAGAUACAGUCUGGGUGUACAGUACGGCGCACGCGAUGAGAACGGGCAGCGUGCAGUGAGCUGGUUCAACGUUUCCAGCUUUUCAGAGGGUUCGCAGAGGGAGCUCCUGUGCAGCUUGCCAAAAGGCACCCAGAUGUACGUUGAGGCAGAUGCGAAGAUGGACACGUACGAGAAGGAUGGUACGAAGCGAAUGUCACUGAACCUGCUCCAGCGCAACUUCGAAGCGCUUUCAAGACCUCCUCAAUCUUCCAGCGAGUCCACGACGGGCGUGGAGUCGGACGCUGAAUCAGCGGCCAAUGAGCCGCUCAGCGGUGUUGGCCACUCAUAAGCCGUGUCAGGCCUCUUUCUACAUGUCUGGAAAUGUGUGCAUGUUGUGCAGCAUCUGUAGUGAAUAUCUAAGAUUGGGCCAGCAUGGGCUUGUCCCCUGCGUUGGAGGAUGGCGAGCUUGAAGCCCACAUUUUUGUCCGAGGACAGGCGCUGCUUCUGGAGUACUUAUGGAUGAUACCCGCUCACCUCUUAGGCUUGUCUACUGAAGAUGCUGCAUAUGAACACCUUUUCCAAGUCACGUGGAUUCUGUUCACUUGCUGCCUCUAUAGAACGAGAAGCGUUUUCGUACGGUCGUUCGAUAUUUGGACAAGUCAUUGCGAGUUAUGGUUUGCCUACGCAGCAAUUGCAGCUUCUAAGGCCUCUCCAGAUGCUUAGCUGUAGGUGGCAGGUUAAGGUGAGGCAUUUUCGAGCUCCGCGAUAUCGCUUAUCUGAACGAGCCACACUUCCUUCGCUCGGUAUCG